AACGGCAUGUCCAACAACAUGGCCAAGAUUGCGGAGGCGCGCAAGACGGUGGAGCAGCUGAAGCUGGAGGUCAACAUCGAUCGCAUGAAGGUGUCCAAGGCGGCGGCCGAUCUCUUGGCGUACUGCGAAGCCCACGCCAAGGAGGACCCCCUGGUCACGCCCGUCUCCUCGGCCGAGAACCCCUUCCGAGAGAAACGCCUCUUCUGCAUCGUGCUGUGA